GCAUCAACUCCGUUAUCUCCACAACCAAACCUGUGCUGGCAUGUUCCAAAAGCGGUUGUCACUCUUUCAAAGAUCAUCAUUUCCAACUACUUUCUCUAUCGUCGUAUCGAAGUGCAGUGUAGAUCAACGUCGUCGAGCUGCUCUCAAAUUUGUUGCUGCACUGCUAGACGCAGCAGAAAUAAUUACCUGUGAUUGCCUGAAGAGGUGUAGUGGAACUUGGGUUGUCUUUUUUGCUUUGACUCGUACUUCAACCGUUCUCAAGUGGUAACCUGGAACUCGCUCUGUUCCUUGCUUCUCGUGUUGCUGAAUACUGCACCCGGAGCAGCAACCGUGUCUGUGGUGCUCGGAGGUGUGAAUACUCGAUCCCAUCCCCUACCCCCGCCAUUGCCGCUGUUACAUGCGUGCCUGCGUGCAUUCGCCACCCAAGCAGAAGUGGUACCUUUCUGUUUUGCAUCUUCGUUUGGACAGUCUAGAGCCGAGGGAACAGAGGUGGAGGGCAGGCGUUCAAGCACUUAUUUGAUUAUUAGCCAUUUUUGUCAGUGUGAAGUCGCACUUUUGGCUCUGUGUGUGGCAUGGCAAGUGUAGCUGCGCAUGUCGCAUGAUACAGCUUGGUGGUCUACUGCAGUACUGUGAUACUGAUAGCAGUACGCACAGGUGAUGAGUGUGUCAACAAACUUUACCAUUCCCAAGAAAAGGGCAAAGGACCUCUUCGAACCCGUUGAAAAUGAAUCUCGAGAGGGCAAAGAAGUUUUGCGUCAAAUCCAUCUUUCCUUUUCUGACCCAGACUACUCAAGCCGAUUUCAAUUUUCUAGUAUUCGACAGGUCCAUAGCCCACGCCUUGACCAGUAUUCUGCCUGGAGGAAAGAGAAACGCAACGAGGGCUACGGUACAGUGGAGAUGGAGGAGAAGUACUGCUUCCUGGCUGUACGGUCCGAGUCUGAAAGCAAAUCACUUUGUGAACGAGGGUUGGAAGUGUCCAAGUCGUCCUACCGUGGCCAGACGUGUUUGGGCGACCCCGUGUAUGGAGUGUAUCUACACAGUACAGUAGCUGCGGCCGUUGAUGCUAUUGGAAUUCGCCAUGGGAAAUGCAUGCUGAUCAUCUUCAAAGCUAGCCGAGGCCGUGUCAAGGCUGUUGCAGCAACUCUCGAUGACUCAGGUAGAUACCAGCGUAGUAGGCGGGCGCAUACGGAUCUGCUGCAGCCUGCUCCGAAUUUCGACACUCACAUUGCCCGUGCUGGAAGCAAGUUUGUACAGAACCUGCUGUACAUGUACGAGUUUGACGACGAAGGUCUGCCGUCAAAGCGACCGCGGCAGUGCUGCCCUUUUGCGAUAGUAGACUUAACUCUUUCGCCCGCUCCUGCUCCAGCUGAAUCAGGGAUGGCAGCAGCAUCUCCCACUGGUCACACCACAAGACGCUUAUCCUCUCACAGUCGACUGUCACAAGUAUCAGCAGCAGCGACGCCAGUAGCACCACUGCCUCCAUCAACGUGGACAGGCGGGGUAAUAUUCACCAGUGACAAUCAGACCACUGCUGAAAUCACUGUGCUGGAUGUUGCCAGAGAUCGCUUUUGCAAGCACCCGAAUUUCGGCGAGGAGCUGAAGUUGACAUGUGUUUUGCCACGUGCAUCUCUAGCAGCUGUUAUUCCGCUGGAUGUCUUGGAUCAGUAUAGCGAUUCGAGUGAGCCGCUAACGGUGGCCGGUGGUCUGACAGCGCAAUGGCUUCAUGUGUCGUUGGGUGUGCCGCACGAGUAUGCUCGCCAGGUUUUGUGUAGCCUGCAAUGCGUGCAGCUGGGAGCUGUGGGUGUUAGUGAUGAGCUGCUCGUGCUCCUCACCGGUCACGGAGACAAGGCCGACCGCCCAAUGGUGCUCUGGCUGAUCGUCGACGCGGACGCCACCGUCAAUGCACGUGCAAUCCUGCAGAAGUGCUAUGAGCACUGCUACCUGUUUCGAGAGGAGCUGUCCCGGACAUCCGCUCCUGCGGAGUCGCCAUCCUCUGCGGUGGACCCAAGUGGUGUGCAGUUCAGUGAACAGGCGACGUUGCCAGUAGCUGCAGGAGCAGCUCAAGAAACAGGUGAUGCAAGAGUGAUCUCCGAAACACCACCGGAUAGUCACUAUGCUGGAAGUGUGUGCGAUACUAAUGACGUACGAUCCAGGAGAAACUCUUUAGAGCCUACACAGCAUCUGUAUGAGAGCCCCGGCUGCAUCAUGAAAGGGCCAUACGUAGAGGAAGACGACUUCUCCUGCACCAACAUGUACACCCCGCCGGAUGACGAAGAGAACACAGGAAACCUUGGCUUGCAGCAGGGCUCACCAUCUGUUCAGUCACACCACGAGUAUCAGUAUCAGCGAGACCAAGAAGAGCAGCAGUACUGCUCGGAUGACAGCUACACUUUCCCAGAGCGGCCUCGGGACCAAUACAUGGCGCCAGUCUGUGAGGUGGAAAACCACCAGGUGUAUCAACAGCAUGAACACGAGCACGAGCUGCAGCAGUACUGCUCGGAUGACAGCUACACUUUCCCAGAGCGGCCUCAGGACCAGUACAUGGCGCCAGUCUGUGAGGUGGAAAACCACCAGGUGUAUCAACAGCAUGAACACGAGCACGAGCUGCAGCAGUUGCAAGAAGCUGACGAUAUCAGUGCGCUGAUUUGCCGCAGUCCGGAUAUGGACUCAUCUCUUGGUGACGCAUUUGUCAUCGAUGAGUAUGGCGAUGCGUGUACAGAUGACUAUCAGGGCAAUGAAGGCAAUGACGCAGUGGAUGAUUGGCCGCUGCCACCGCCACAGCAGUCCGUUGUGUUCAAUGAAGAGACUGGACAGUGGAAUGAUGUUGCCUUUGACCACGAGCAGGGUUUCGUUGCAUCGGCAUCAGCUGCCGAGGCACAGUUGUCACCGUCUUGUCUUUAUGAGGAGUGGUACAGUGAACAGUCUGGACCGAAUGCCUCGCUGUCCCCGGGCGAGCUCAAUAGGAGGUCUUUAUACCUUUCAUCAUGUGAGUCUGACUCGGGUCAUGCUCAGGGUUAUGUUGCCUCACCAUCACCGCAUCCCACAUGCCCGUUGUCACCAGGCAACGAUCUUGAUGGUUUGCCUCUGGAAUCGCCUGCUCCUACUGCUGUCUACUUCGAACCAAGUCUUGCUGUAGAGUUAGAACCGCCACCACCGCCUCCAUCAAGACCGCCAUUGCCGCAGCCAUUGUCUCCUCCUCCUCCGCCACCGCCAGUGGCACAGUCGUCAUCAGCAACUUCAAUCUGUUCUGCACAGUACACUGCUGUUUCCCCAGUGUUGUCCCCGGUCACGCCGCCUGCUCUUGACUAUCAAACGUUGUCAUCAGCGGGAUCUUCACAGCUCGACCUGGAUCUUGAUGAUCAGCAGCCGUUAGACUUCCGCACCCAGUUGCCCAAGGAGCUUCCCAUGGCCGUCAGCAACGGAUUCAUGCCACACGACCCGUUUGUGGGUAUCCACGCACCAUCUCCACUAGAGGUGCAUGCUAUCAGUCCGGUGCACCCAUCCGCAAGUGGUGCCUACACCGAUGGUCAUGCUAGCAGCACGAAUACCCAAUGCAUUGCAGUACUGGAUGCAGCUACACUGGCAAAUAUCACGGACAUUACCCCAUCACACGAAAUUGUGGACAUGGAUAUUGACUCGAAUGAGGAUGAGCCUGUUGCUUCAGCGCAGUCGUUCAAUGCGGUUCCUAGCGAGCCUCUAUCCGAGCAGAAUGCGCAAGCGUACUACAGUGAUGUAGUGGCACGUCAUCCCCAUGCCAGCUUUGAGUUCAAGCUGGCAUUCCUCAAGCAAACUGGAAUACUAAGUGGGCUUGUUGGUGAGGACGUGGUCAGUGAUCUGGUAUCUGCGACGACUGCUGCUGUUGUGGAUGCUGAUCUGCUCGGUCAGUUCUCUCCAGAGGAAAAGGAGCGUUUCACCUUCCUGGUCAACAAGUUAUGGGCCGGCUUGUAUCGCUCCAGUAGCGCGGACACACCGGGCACUGACCUUGCUGCUGCUGCUACUGCUGCACCUGCAUUAGCUGCUGGGAUAUUUCUCCCGGGAUUCUUGCUACCUGCUGCUGCUGCUGCUGCUACACCGGUGUUGUCUGACUGCUCGCCAGUGAUUGCCCCGUUGCCGAGCUCUCCUCCGCCUGUUACCCCACCAUUGCCCAGCUCGCCCACCUGCGAUGGCAGCAAACACCCCAGGCAAUUCUUUCAGCUGCGACAAUCCAGGCUAGCCAGUCUGGAUGCUUCGUCCGCGUCAAUGCCAGGCUCCCAGCAAGAGUGUGUUGUUAGCCCACCAUCGGCAACACAUGUAGAGACUGUAGCAUCUUCACCUGAAAAACAGCACACCGUAGCCAGCGUAUGUACAGUCGGCGAAGUGCCAUCGCUGUCCACAAACACAGGGAGCUCUGCUCGCUGGCAGCCUGUCGCAACACUUGACAAAGACAGCAGGGAGCAUGCCAGUUCUGCUAGUGCUGCUGCCACAACCCAGUGUGGAAGCUCUGCUAAUCGAAACAGUACAGACCAGCCGGCUGCUGCUGCUGGCCAGCAUGGUGCACAUAGUGACAGUUGCAGUUCUAAGCGUGCUUCUCCGACCAGCAGCAGCGCUGACCGGUGUCGCUCACCACUAGCUGCACGCCGCCACUCACCAGUAGCCAUUGCUGUUCCUAAGUCUGUAGUAGGUAACAGCCAGUCCAGUAAACCUGAUAGUCAACACCGUAGCACUACGACUGCACGUGCACAUCCGCCAAAUUCUGCAUCCAGUAACCAUGGCAACAAUGGUAGUCCGCUCUUAGGAAAGUCACGGCGCAUACGAAUAGCUGCACCAUCGCCAUCGUCAGUAGUGAUGUCAUUACUGACAUCAUCUACAGUGUCGUCAUCUUCAAUGACAUCAUCGACAGUGACAACAUCGACAGUGACAUCCGGUGGGACAGAAUUGUCAUCACUCACUAAUGCAGUGCAGUCACAGUGCAGUGAUACUCCAGCAGGAGCACCAGCCAGCAGCAAGCCAGCCACUGCGGGUUCCUGUGAGCCAAGUGAACUGUCUAGUGCCAUAUCCAGUGUAUCAUCUGCUUCUUCUGGCAUCAGCAAAUCCACGAGUGCAACGCCAUCACCAAGUAGUGAUGGUAGUUCAAGUAUCAGUAAUAGCGGCGUUUCCCAGACAUCUGCUAAGAAUGCGUCCAUGCCUCACGUAGCAGCUUCCAGCUCAGCUACUGGCCGUAACAGGACUGAGACAACGACUACCGCUACAUGUGUCACCAUGGCGACGGCGGUCUCCGCAGCUUCUGAGCCCAGUUUGGCACAGCGUGGAGGUAAGUCGGCAUCAAGUGGCAGCAAAAGCAUCUUGGAUCAGGGCCAUACUGUGUCAUGCAAGUCACGCGUACAGACAAAAACGCCAUCAACCACCGGCAGUUGCCAAACACCUCCGAAAGCCAGCUCAAGUGCAAAGGAGACGGAACAGCAAACUAGCGGCCAUGCUGCAUCCCUCACCAGUUCAAAGACACUGGUUCCUGUCCUUGGAAGCCGAACUAAGUCAACGCCCACUCCUAGUUCUCUACCCACCACAUCAACCAGCAAGGCAACGUUGCCGGAGAAGUCCACCGCCUCUCCCACAAAGACAGUGCAUGCAAGCAGUAAGAGCACAGCAGCUUGCACAGCCGCCACUACUGUGUCGGUCACACCGAGCAGCACGGCAGCUGGCCGCAGUAAAGCGAACGUUAAACCCAUCAACUCCAAGGUGACAUCAGCUGUGUCACCUCCUCUUCCUGCUGGAACGAAGCCAAUCACCGUCAAGCUCAACACCAGCAAAGUGGGACAAUCCCAAUCGCCAGCAGCAUCCACUCCGACCUCUAGAUCCAGUCCACGCCGGUCAGCCAAUACCAGUAGUAGGACUGCUUCUUGCAGUGACUCACCCACUAGCAACCUCAGACCGCUCAUGACUGAAACCACCAAAUGGUCCUCAAAGUCUCAAUCAUCUGCAGGCCAGAAAGCACCGGCGAAUAGACCACAGCCAUCACGGCCAGCAACUAGUCAGGCAGGUAGCGCAAAAGUGACAACGUCAGCGCGAACUACUGAUCGUACUGAGUCAACUAGACCUACAACUCUUGCUCAAGCACCUGUUUCUUCUACUGCCAAUACUGCUGCUAGUACAAGGAGAGUGGCCACACCAGUCAACUGUUCUACUACUACUACUACAGUCAACAGUGAAAAUGUUUCAAUCCCUGCGUCGAAGAAUAAACCUGCGGCAGCGUCAUCAAUUGCUAGGCGUACAGAUGGUUCUGGACCCACUACAAGUACUCCAGUUGCCACCGCAGCCACUGGUGUGAGAUCCUCUGGUGCUACUUUGAAACCUGCUAGACUCGUCUUCACAAUGAAACCAGUUAAUGGGCCUGCUAGCAAAGGAGAAUCUGUGCCUGUUCCUUCAUCCCAAGUGAGUGAGUGUAGUGCUUCUGCUGAUGGAGGUGGUGAUGGUGGUGGUGGUGGUAAGAACAACAAGGAUUCGCCCUCGAACACGAACUCUAGCAGUGGUGCAAGUCAUCGUACUGCAAAGGUGUCUGCUGACAGUAAUGGCCGUGCUGGUGGUGAAACUGCACCUGCAGCCAGUAACUGUCCUAUUCAAGUGGUUCGCUCUUCGCACUCUGACACAAGAACAGUGUACAGCUCUGCAGGACAAUCUGCUUCGGGUGCGAGCAAGAAGUGUUGCGAUCGUCCUCAACAGGACCGGCAAUCUGUUGCUGGUAGUGAGAGCAAUUCCUGCAAGUCCAAUUCCUCGGAGCCACCGGACCUGGACGUGGAGAUUGUGGCCGAUUCAGCAAAGGGCAGACGCCGCCUGCGUUCACGCAACCGCGCUCUCAACUACAAAAUCAAUGGUCGUGGUGGUGGCAGUGGUGGUGGUGGUGGCAGUGGUGGUGGUGGUGGUCGUCGUCAUGGUGGUGGUGAUGUGUUCUCUGCUGGUGCUGGUUGGCCUGGUCUGAAAUCUCUGAUGGAGCCAGUGUCAACUAGUAAGCCACUACGCAGGUCCCACUCGCCUAGAGGCGUGCUUGAAGAUCGGCCCAGCAGCCCCUACUUGCACGUUGACAGACACAAUGACUAUUCUGAUCAUCGAAGUAGUCCCGCGAGAGACACUGUACAUCAUCGACCUUGUACCAUUCGCAUUGAUGGUGGAUAUUAUGAUAUGCCGGUGGAUAGCCGGCUGGAGCGCUCUCCCUCUCCCUCUCCCUACAGCAAACGACGCAGCGUUUUCGUCCACGAGAGAACUGUGUCAGGCAGCUCGCCUGCUAGGGGCAAUAUGUAUUUGUCACCGAACUGCAGCCCAGCUGUGAGCCGUUUCUCAUCCCCUGGUAACAGUCUCCAGCCUAGGCCAGACUGGCACUUUGACCAUGGUCGCGAUAUGAGAAGUGUGUCACCACAAUGCCAUGCUGACAAUACUUGGGAGAGGAGUAGCAGCAGUGAACCCAUGCAUCGUCCAGACGAUUAUGCACAUGGCCGUGACAUGCGCGACUUACAGCGUUCACCUUUUCAAGACGUCUCAGCGGAGUCCAGUCGUUCCGUAUCUCCUCUGGAGCCUCCCUGGCCGUACAAUGGACAGCAAUCGUUGAGAACUGUUAGUCGAGGUGUUUCUGCUGGUGAUGCUAAGCGUGCAGUAGUGCGCAAUCCGUUUGAGGAAGACCCUGUGCGCCAACACCAUCACCAUGUGCGAGUGAUUGAUGUCAACAAGGAUUACCGCCAUAGCGUGAGCGCUCCGGUGAUAUAUGACGAUAUCGACAGACAAGAGUUUGUGCCCUUGCAACGCACUGUGAACAAUAACCGUUGGCUGUAAGUGCGUCUACAGUACAUCCACGCCUAUCCGCGCCGACGUAGUCCGAUCAGUAUUUGUUCUUCGACUAGGCAGUGUGUUUGGUCGUACGUAGCGGAGCUACGAUCAGCACCCCACUCACUUUCAUUGUAGAUCGUCCAUUCCAAGUCCGGAACUUUAAAUCCUUUCGUUUGUCUUUGUUUGGUGCAUUGUCAUCUGGCCCGUCUCUUCCAAUGCCAGCCACUUACCCUUGGCUACUUGGCUACUUUGUUUCGAAAUCCACCCUGUGGAUCUAUGCCACUGACUUUCUUACCUUUUUUUUAUUCACACAAAAGUAGCGCUCUCUACGUGUGUGUGUGUGUGUGUGUGUGUGUGUGUGUGUGUAUGCUGCAUGAACGUUGAAUACAGUACUAUUCCAAAUAGGCUUACUUGAACUUGACACGAACAUACUUAUACUGAGAUAUAGUUGUUUUGCCAGAGUCAACAGGUUUUGAGAAUAUUUUUUAUCUAUUGCUUAUCCAUUCAGCUGGUUGUGUUUCUUAACGCAAUUGUAUAGCCGGUGGUAACGCGGACGUGCAAACUUUACUUUUUUUUUAUCCAUUCAGCCAUCCCCUUG